CUCUGUAUUGUCCUCAGCUUGAAUGCACGCAGGUAACCCCAGCCCUAGAAGUAGACCUGCGUGUUGCAGCUGCCAUGAAAAAUUCAUGGGGCAAAGCUUCGCCUGAGGGCUAGUUCUCAUCCGCGUCAUAGCGCAUCACUUGUCUUGUCCUAUCGUCCUGUCAAUCAUAAUUACAAGCGCGAAUCUGAUUGGUUAAGAUAACAAGAGUGGGCGUGGCCAUGCAGACACAGGGUUCAGACCGGCAGGGUCACCAGGAGAAGCCACCGGUAGAAGCCUGGGCACCCGAUCAGGAAACAAGUUUGUCACCAACAACCGACGUUAAAGUCGACAUGGGGAAGAAAAAGUACGAGUUGUCCAGGGAAGCAGAGAAGAAGAAGAAUGACGAGGCUGACCCUCAAGACACCACCUGUGAGAAAGCGGGGUUGGAGAGCGAUCUUAAGGAACAGGGGAAGUGGUGGCACGUCUGUGUUAAGAUCGUGGCUUGUUUCUUGGGAGGAAUUCUGUUCGGCAUCGCCCUGGAGAAGACGAGAGUUUUCGAGCCCAACGUCAUCCGUGACCAGUUCGUGUACCAGCGGUUCAUCAUGAUGAAGGCGUUCCUGGCUGCCAUGGCAACGGGUUUGUUGUGCCUGGGUGUCAUGGCAACGUUGCCCGUGACGCGGCCGGUGUUCCACGAGAUCCGCCAUGUCUUCAUCGACCACCAGGAGAAGGGCGUGGUGACGAGCGUGGUGGGAGGGGCGCUGUUGGGGAUGGGGAUGACCAUCAGUGGGGCGUGUCCGGGGAUGGUGUUGGCGCAGGUCGGGGCAGGCGUGGGGAACGGAGCUGCACUCCUGACGCUGCUCGGCUGCCUGGUUGGAGUGGCGCUGUACGCAGCGGUGGAACCGUGGGUGGUUCGGUACACCAGACCCGCAGGGCCAUACAAGAAGAGACACGUUGACGACUGGGUCCCCCUCCCCUACGCCGCCCUGUCUCUCGCCAUGACGCUCGCCCUCGCCCUGAUCAUCUUCGGCCUGGAGUGGGUCCGACCGUGGCAGAGCGAGCUGUGCGAGUACAGACAUGUCAACACUAGUGCUGUGGCGUGUGUACCGGUACCAAACGGCGGAGACUGGACGUGCUUCAUGAGCCUGAGAGCGUGGCCGCCGUGGAUAGGAGGAAUCCUGAUAGGCCUGCUGCAGCUUGUAAUCACCCUGAGUGUAGGCGACACGUUAGGCGGCAGCAGUAGUUACUGUACGGUGGUGUCUCAGGUCCUGGUGACGGACAGGCUCCGGCAGAUGUCCCCGUACCUCAGCAGGUAUAGGAGCGGCCUCGGCAACUGGUGGCAGGUGGUGUAUGUGGCGGGAGCAGUAGUCGGUGCUCUGAUCUCGGCAGCCUCGUCCCAGACCCUGGGCACGGUGAAGAGCGUGUCGAUGGCGUCCGGGUUCUUCGGGGGCCUCGUCAUGCUGUUUGGCGCCCGGCUGGGGGCUGGGUGUACAAGUGGCCACGGUCUGUCCGGCACGGCGCUACUGGUGGUCAUCUCGUUCUUUGCCGUGGCCGCCAUGUUUGCGGGAGGAACAGUCGUGGGGUUCGUCAUGUGGGCCGCGGCGAGGGCGGACAUGCCCAACUUCCCCCUCAACUACGUGUCCUACUAAUAAGAAAAGAACAAGAAACAGUCAUGCCUUCAAAUAUCAGAGUUAUCAACCAAGAGUUGACGUGUUGAAAACCUGACGUAUUUUUUUCCAAGAACUAUCGUAGUGAGGAACUCUUUGCCAUCAUGCACAGUUAGGGCAUCAUUACUAUCUAUGAAGCUUUUAACAAGUCCUGCAAUUAAAUGCGGAGGCAACAUGUCUUCCAUCUAAUCUUUCUACCACAGAGCUACUGUAGAGAGUUUAUUUGUUUAGGUUUAAAUCAAUGCCUCCGUACUAGUUUCUAUUCAGUUAUAGCUGAAGCUUCAGAAACCUCCUAUACUCAUCGAAUGCUGUUGUAUGUACAAACUUUGACGUGUAGUCAAUUAUUUUCAGUAUUGAUACCGGAUUUAAGAGUGUUGUAUUUUCUUGUCUAAGAUAAAAUAGUGGAUCAAAUAUAAACACAGCCUUCAACCAUUUAAUAAUUGAAAUAUUGUCUAAUCAAUAUGUAUAUACAAAUGUAGUACACGAUGAUAAUUGUAUCAUUUGGUAUGCUAUUACACUAGUAUUACGUAUUUCACACAUAAGUAAGUAUUAUACACAUAAAAACAAUGGUCAAUAUCCAGCAAGUCUGUACCUUCAUAUGAGU